CCAAUCCAAGUUCACCUCGUAAUUCCAAGACACCUUUUUGCGCUCCAUCGCCUCUCUAUGCGCGAAGCCUCCCUCCCGGCGUCCAUGUGAGAUAACCCCCGGGCCACGCGGCGUCAUGUGCCGUCUCCGUGCGCUUCUUGUCCUAAGCUGGCUAUUGUCGCCGUCCCAGGCGCGCCAGCCAGGCUUCAGUAUUCAUCACGACCUCCUAGCAUAUCCGCAGUUCGAGGUAGUCUUCUCCGAGUCCUACAUAUCGGAAAUCGAUGCCCAAGCUUUGGUAGAAAAGACGAAUCCCUCCCACCCCAACUAUGAGCCCGACUUUGUCGCCCGGUCCCUCCUCACCUCCGACAUCCAGCCUGGCGAGGACCGCGACGUAGUCGAUGAUCCCAGCGAUGGCGAAAGCGGCCCCAAAGUCACCGAGUCGUACGAGAUCAUGAGCAUGCCUACUCAGCGCUACCUAUGUGCCAUCCCGAUAAUCGAAUCCCCGCCUCCGCCGAACAAAACGGCCACUGAGCUAGCUAAAGCCGAAGAAGCCCGCGAGCUGGCGAGGGCUUCCGCCCAUGGCUGGGACCUGAUAAACGGUCUCGACGGCACCUGUCUCUACUACAUGUCCGGAUGGUGGAGUUAUAGCUUCUGCUACGGCCACGAUGUCGUGCAGUUCCACGCCCUCCCCGCUAGUAUUAAGACGGGUCCGCCUAUGAAAGAUCCCCACACUACGGCAUACGUUCUGGGAAAGGUGCCAGACCCUCAGAGCACGUCGCGGUCUUCGCGCCGCGGACAAUCCAACCCCCCGAACGAUAAAGGGCAUCCGGCCGGCGCCGCGCCACCCAAUACGGAGCUUCAAGUCAAGGGCGACCAGCGGUACUUGGUCCAGAAGAUGGGGGAAGGUACUAUUUGCGACCUUACCGGCCGGGAGCGGACGAUCGAGAUACAAUACCACUGCAGCCCGGGCAGUACUCAGGAUCGCAUCGGGUGGAUUAAGGAGGUCACCACGUGCGCGUACCUAAUGGUAGUGAACACGCCUCGCUUAUGUGUAGACGUCGCCUUCCAACCGCCGAAGGAGGAGAGAGCCAACGUCAUUAGCUGCCGCGCUAUCGUGUCGGAGGCUGCGCGGGCAGAUUGGCACGCGCAGAAAACCCUGGAGGCGCAAGCGGCCAUGGUAGGCCAGCUUAGAGGCGAAGCGAAAGUUCCCGUUACCAUUGGCGGAGUAGUGGUAGGAGGGAGACACAUUCUUGGCAGGGGUGAGGACGGAAAGGAGGCACACAGAUUAGCUCCACCCCAGAAUUUCCGCAGCUCAAACAUAGCCCCACUCGUCGAAGUCCUCGCCCAGGGGAGUAGCAAAGAAGACGGUAGCACCGUGUCCGUCCUCACCGACGAGCAGUUGGCCAGUCUCAACCUCAGCCCCGAAGCCAUCGAGGAGCUCAAGAAGGAGCUGCAGAAGCUAGCCGGGGACAGGGGCUGGAAGCUCGAGAUCGUCGAGAUCCCGGGCGACCCUCCGGAGUUCCGCGGAAUCGUCGACGUGGAGGAGGAAGAAUCAACCGGGAAGCGCAAGGGCAAGGGCAAGGGCGAGGGCGAGGGCGGGGGUGUCGGGGACAAAACGGACGAGGAGACAGGCAGCGAGGAGAGGUUCUUCAAAGAGGAACUCUGAGACGCCGAGCUCGCACUAGCAUGGCGAACGGCGUUACGUUGGUAGGAUGGAUCGUGGCGUUAUUGAACCACUGUCAAGACUAUGCCGUGCCUACUGGCUUCCCGGUGAAUGCGCUCUCUCAUCCCGGGGGCGGAUCAGUACAUUCUCUCACAGAUCACGCCCCCGUCAAACGCCGACCUGCUGCGUUACGUAGCAUUCAGGAGGACGCGGACUGAUAAAUACAUACGAGCGGUACAGAGAGUGCUCUGGGAUCCGUCCUCUGCCCUCUGGGAUCGCCGUCCCCACGUCGCCA